CAUAUAACAGAUAAAAAGCAUUAGCACUUUUUAUAUAUUUUCUAUGCACCCCAUAGUUAAACAAUUAAAAUACAAUUAAACACAAAACUCCGCGCUACGAUGUCUGUGAAAAAUAAAACUUGUAAAACUUAUGGCAGUCAGUUGGAGGUGCCAGUGCCACAGAACUCGUCGGACACGGAACGUGUAAACUUUAAGGAGUAUCAGGACAUAUACGAACUGAAUAAAGGUCAUGAGGCCAUACCCAAGUUUAUAGCCCAGGGCGUGGUCAACGAGAUUUUCGGUGCGAUCAACAAUGAGGAUCGUUUCAUGGCCGAGAUCAGCAGCAGCGAGUGCAGCAAGCAAAAACUCGUUGAGCCCAACUUGGAGCUCGAUCCGCGUCUCAAGUGCUGGCAACAAAUGUUGCAGCAACGUGGCGUUUUGCAGCAGCGCAUACAACGCCAAACGGGCAAGCGUGCCGACCAAGUGCUCUUCAAUCGUCACGUGACCGUUGAUGAGCGCCAGAAGCAGCUGUUCCGCCGCAUGCUGGACACAGCAGUGCGCAGUGAGGGCGUGCCGCUGACCAAGCCCAAGGCAGUGCUGCCUGCUCGCAAAGUGGAUGCGCCAGAGUGUCGUGAGCUGCGUGAGUUGAAAUUUGCAGAGCCGAAGCUGCGGACAUUCGAGUUCGUUGGCAUGCCACAGGUGGCAUGCGAGGAGCAGGGAGUGGCAUUGCCAACAGCUGAGAGUCAGUUCAUGCGCUCGCCAGUGCUGCUGCAGCGCAUUGAGGAGUGCGAGGAGCACCUGACAAAUAUUAUGGAUUUUUGUCCGGAAAUAGAGAAACUGCAAGUGGUGAAGCAGCCGCAGCCGGCGCUGCCACCGCUGCUGUGCCAAGGCGAGGAUCCUAUGUGCACUAUAUCGAGUUCUUCCUCCAUUGAAACAGAGUCAGAGGAACUGCUAGUGCCAGUGCCAGUGCCAGAAAAAGCGGAACCAAGCGUCGAGGAGCAGCAGGAAGGCAAUUGGCUGCUGAAGACUCAACAGCGUCAGCGAAUUGUGCACAGCAGCAACAUUGUGCGCAUCAAUGGCAUCAACUAUGGCUUUGGCGAGAACACUGGUCUAUUGUGCAACACUAUAACGCUGCAGUUUGAGUGCUCGCCAUAUGAGCGGCAAGUGAAGACGCUGGUGGAGCUGGAAAACAUUGGCAGCAAAUUCAUUGCUGUCUCGCUGUAUCAAUCGCUGCCUUCCAUUCAAACAUUGCCCAUACAAUUGGCGCAUAACAAUGAAUUUGUGUUUGAUCAUCGCAGCUUUAUACUGCAGCCUGAGGAGCGUCGCAUCAUCCAGGUCAUGUUCCAGCCACUCAAGGUGGGCGUCAAGUUCUUACAGUGGAGCAUGCGCUUUGAGCGCCAGCCCUUCUGCGGACCGCGCCAGCUGGAGAUUCUGCUGGAGGGUCGCUGCGUAGCGCCCGAGAGCUUUCAGCAUCGCAUUGAUGCGCAUCAGCAGCUGCUGGUGGACAAGGGCAACAGGCAGAUGGCCAGACGUCUGGCCAAAAUGCAGGCGCUGCUGGCGCCCAUCAUAGACAACACCACUCAAUGUCCCUAUGUGCGUGCGCUGGAUGAGCGCGAGGUGUUUGCAGCUCAGAAUGCGGGCUUCAUUUGCCAGCGCUAUGCGGACUUGGAGGCGCUGAAGGAGAUACAUGCGCUCAUCAAGAAGCCACGCCAGCCCGCCUGGGAUUAUAGCCUCAAGUCGCUGCGGGAGCUCAUCUCACAGCAGGGACUCAAGCAACGUGAAGCGCUGCAAGUUAUACUCUCCGAUCUGAUCACACCCAUGCGCUGCGGUUAUGGCGACUUUUUGGCCAAAAUCCAAGCGAAUCCCGAACGUGAGCGCUCCUCGUAUAUUUAUGUGCGCGGCAUACUUUGCAGCACCAUUGAGGAGUUUGAGGCCCAGGCGGAUAGCAUUGAGCAGCAGUUCUACAAGACUGAAUAUCAAAGCUAUAUGACGUUUCUCGAUCAGGAGGAGGAAUUGCCCGACUCCUUCUACAUUGAUUGGUUUGUGGCCAAUCGAGUCUCGACCAGCAAAUACUUCAAGGACUCACUCUAUAUGCAGGCUUAUAGCAUGCUCUGUGAUGCUGUUGAGAAUAUUGUCUCGGCUAUUGAGAGCACUGUGCAUCGCUAAAUGACAGCUAAAGAAGAAGAUUUAUUUACGCUUUUUCUACUCAGCAACUUUCACCAAAUAUACGUUUUCUAUAAAAUA